AUGGCUUUGAAGAUUUUACGAAGCCUCCCACGCGCGGUGCCUAAGCAUUGGCAGAAUGCCAAUGACGACGAGAAAGAUUGGACAGUUUUCCUGGGCGCACAAAUCGAUGACUACUUGGUCGGGGAGAAACAGGCUGCCCUGGCAGUAUCUCUUGGCCGUCGACGCCCGAACUUCCUUCCCACCGAACUGACGAUCGAGCGCAAACCCUUGUUCAGCCUUACUCACCUUCCCACACUGUUGUUUUCUUUGGGUACCAUUGACAACAAGGUCAAUCUUCUGCGGCGUAUCGGGUCACGGAUUCCUGGUAUGAACGAAGAGAACAGUGUUAUCCUAUGCUUCAGGAUGGAUGGUGCUGAAACGGGUAACACCUACGCAAGUGUCUUCCCUGAAGAUCAAAGCAGACCCCAAGUGGCGGAAGCUCGGAUGCCCGAAUCGAGACACCACCAUUUGAUUUCGGUGCCAAUGAGCAUACAUCAGCAAGCUGAAGACGCAAUCGAAAAGGAAAAAAAGGAAGUGAAAGACCAGCGUGUACCGGGUGGACCUUUCAACCUUGAGGCCAUCCGUGAGCUCACGUUUGAGGAGGCGAUUGCGGAAACGACACACAAGCGUGUACCGGAUGGAUUUAUCAGCCUUAAGGACUUCCGUAAGCUCAAGUUUGAUCAAGUCUGCGCCAUCCACCUCGACGACGUUCAGCGACUACUCCACCCUGAGAAGGUCGAGUACCUUGAAACGGAGUUCGAGCCCUGGUUUCAUGGCACUUUGAAUCGAACUGUGGAGUUUGGCAUCGAUACUGCACGCUCUUAUGAGUAUCUUCUCGGCCAGGCGGAUGAUGUCGAGCGAUCGAAGUAUUAUCCUAUUACAGAGCAUGCCGCUAUAUAUUACGAGAGGUACCCAACCUCCGAAACGCCUGCUGGGAAACAUCCAAUUUAUGAAGUAGGACUGGAGGAUGUGCUAUGGUGUUUCGAAUCCGAUAUCAUUGACCCAGAACGCUUGAAGAAGGUCCUGGAGAACGAACCGGCUUUCGGCUUCUUGAAAGUGCUCUCGGCUAUAUGGUCUAUAUGCAGAGAUCCCUCAGCUGGUGGCGCAACAAUCUCAUCUGCGAUUGUUGAUAGUACCUUUCAGCCACCUGUCCUCCCCCGGAAACUGGAUCGCCACGAAUGGCUCGUGGCCGAUUCGUACCUGAUUGGCGGCCGUCACGCAGCUAUAGGUCUUAUCGGAGAUCCAGGAGAGAAGUCACCCGACCACAGCUUCACCAGAGUCCUAGGAAAUACUGGUACUCCUGGCUGUUCGAUAUUGACGUUACCCUCAGGCCUUAUGGCGCGUAACAUCAAUCCGAGUGCUUGGAGGGUAGAACCUGUCAAGUUCGAUUGGGCACCAGUGGACUCUUUCAAGAACACCUCAAUCCACUCGGGGUUUACCGAGUGGUGCGCACCCCUGGUCCAGUUCCCGGCAGCCGGCCUGAGAGAUUACGACGUGAAUAUAGUCGAGGCCGUUGUAUCCGUCCCAGACUGUGGAGAAUGGGUUGCCGCCAUCGACAUAGACCUUGCUCUGACCGAUGGUCGACUUUGGCGGGGCCCUAGCUGCACUCAUUCGAGAAGCUCUAGACUAGGGGAGAGCAAGUUACUCUCGGUGGAGACAUGGGAUCAGAUUCUCGACCCUCUCGAUGGCCCAUUGGCGGUGAGGUCGUUUGAUAACUGGCUUGCCAGAUUGGCUCUGGUGUCAGUCUUGUGUCAACACAGUCAAGGGUCGCGCCGGCCAAUCGUUCUCUGGUACGGCAACAUGUGUUGGAAGUGCAACAACCUCUCUUCUAUGUACGGCGCUACGGAUGGCAUCCACAUAUGCUAA